AUAUAAUUAAGUAUGAGUUCUAGCAAAAAAAAUAGCGGUAAAGGAAAAGAGAAAGCACAAGAUAACGAAGAAAGUAGACUUUUUAAAUUAUUUAAUUUUGGUAAAAAAAAUAGUAAAGAAAAAAAGAGUAGUAAAAGUGGUGGUACUUCAUCUAAAUCAACGAGUAGAGUUAGAUUUAACAUAAAUGAUUCUACUUAUGUUGAUGAUACUCCUUAUAAUAUUGAUUCAAAUGUUCAACUCGAUCACGAAAGUUUAGAACCACGUUAUGGUAAUAUUAAUCCUAAUGUUGAUGAAAAUUCAGGUGAAGAAGUAGAAGCUGAUUUGGGAGAAGAGGAGUUAGAUGAAACACCUACUAGUCCGGUGACAGAAGUUCCAAAUGAGACUAUCAAUUUACCGGAGCAAAAUUUUGGACAUCCACCCCUUAUACCUCCCACAAGGGAGAAGAAAACUUGGAAAUCAAAGAUGGCAAUGAAGAUUUAUUAGGAUGGUGGAGUAGACGAAGCGAUGCAUUUCCAACUUUGAGCAAAAUGGUUCGUGAUAUUCUAGCUAUUCAAGCUUCAUCAGUUGCAUCGGAGGCUGC